GUCAAACUGGGUGUAAAAGCUAACAGUUCAAUUCCUUAACUAUUCCUUUGCCCACCAGAUAUAAAGUAUCAGAAGAAAAUCCUACCCACGGAUUGAGAGGGGAAAACUACUUACUGUUCUUGCCAAGGAAGUGUUUUCAAUCUACAAUUUCCCAUCAAAGGGAUUGCGGGAUUGCCACUGUGAUGUAGCAGCCUUCACCGUGUACGACGAGUCAAUAAAGUUAGCACAUUUCCAUAGAGUUUGAUUAAAUUAUCGCCAAUCGAAAUGAAUGAUAACAGCGGGUCAAGCUGGUACGAAUCAACAUCGCUCACGCCACAGUAAGUGACAUCCGCACGGGCCAUUAUCGAUUUUGCUUUCCGUUUCUUUGUUCAAAUUUGCACCUCUUGAACCUGUCCGGAUAAGUCGUACCUUAGGCGGGAAAACGUGGCGUCUCCGUGCGGCGGGUGAUGGAGGCCCUUGCGGGGUGGCUCAAGUUGGUAGACCUAUCCAUAGAUAAAAUUAAAAAUGGUUGGAGGGGUAUUCAUCCCGGUCGAAAUAAUUUCAAAGAGAACAAUACAGGAAUAUGUUCAAUCAGUUGUCUGUAUUGUUCACCCCAACGUAUGGUGUUGUUGAGGACUUCCUGCUGGAACCUGCGGAUCUGCAUGUAGGUCCAUGGACCAUCAACGCUCACCCAUUGAGAGCGACAAUAUUCCCGUCUUGAUUGACGCUGACCGUCACUGAUUUUUGGCCUAGCUUGAUAUAUGAAGUGAGGGGGUAUUAUCAUCUUCCGUCGUUCUAAUUCCAUCUUCCUAGCCCGAUGAAUUGCCUGCCGUCAGUAAAAACCUGUCUUCUUGGGAAUAACCGAUAACGCUCGAUAAACCAAGCUGCAACACCGCCAACCUGCAAAAUCACAAUGGCGGCCGACUCAAAUACCAGGUCCAAGUACGCACACCUCGCCGCACCUCACCCGGUCUUUGAAACCUUAAAGGAUGAGGCUACUAAACUCGUUGAGAGUUUAUAUGCCAUCAAGGACAUGGAGCAAUUCAAAACUGCAUGGAAUGCCUUCCCGCCUGCGAUUUUCGACGACGGUCCCGUUGUUGGCAAGGAUAUCACGAUCGAACAUAUUAAUAUCGUAGUCAGAGAUGGCGCGGAUGUGGAACUCAGAAUCUAUAAGCCGAUAAAUCCAGCUUCAGACGCAUCCUUAUUCUUUGUCUCACACGGGGGAGGGUGGACAAUAUUUACCCAUGAUGUCGAAGAGGCACAGAAUAGACAGGUGGCCAAGGAUAACGGAUGUGUGGUCGUGAGCGUGGAGUACCGAAAAUGUCCGGAAUUCCCAUUUCCCUAUCCCUUGAACGACUGCUUUGACGCAUUGAUUUGGUGCAAAUCGAAUGCCUCCACCCUUGGGAUCAACCCCAAAAGCAUUUUCCUCGCAGGCUCCACCAGCGGUGCCAAUCUUGCAGCAGCCCUCGCAUUGAAAGCUCGAGAUGAAUCUAUCACUGGGAUAGUUGGCCAGAUCCUCAACAUGCCAAUGAUUUGUCACCCAGACUUCUUCCCUCGGGACAAAUAUGAAUACAAGAGCUGGGACGAGAAUAAGGAAGAAGCCGUUGCGUCGUCCAUGAGAGCUUUAUUCCACUGGAAUUUAUAUCUCCCGGAAGGGAAACCGGAGGUCUAUGCCAAUCCCAUACUGGCUGAAAGCCACGCAAACCUCCCCCCAGCUCUCAUCCAGAUCGCCGGGUAUGACCCACUGUGCGACGAGGGUUUUGCAUACAGCGAAGCCCUCAGGGCGGCGGGAGUCGAGGUAACGGAAAAGGCGUUUGCUGGCCUUCCGCACGCAUUUUACUUCUUCCUCAAGGCACUCGACAAGGAAUCCAGAGAUUUUUUCCAGAACAUUGUUGAUUUCGUACAGGAUAUCGAAAAGAAAACGAUCCCAUUGUAAUCUGCUGGAUGAAAGGGCUGGUUCUUGAAACUGAGGUAGAUAGCCACGCUCUGCUCGGUGUUUAAUUUAAAUACUUCUGUCGAGUUAUAUUUAGGGGCGUUCAAUUGCAAGCUAUUGUGGCGGACAUAAAUAUAUAAAUUUGUUAGGAUGCAAUUGAUUGGCUUUUGAACCAGUGCUCCAGCCUACAUAGUAAAUAUAAAGGUCGCGAAUCGUUGAAUGAAAAGAAAACGUCCACCAAGGCUGUCGGCCAAGUCACAUGAUUCGA